GGUCCGCCGCAGGCGCCGCUUGGCCCUCUGUCCCCUUACUACCCAGGGUGGGGCUGGGCUGUCCGUCAGGAACCCCGCGUCCGCUCUGUUCUCAGCGCGGCGACUUGGGCCCGACUCCGGGCCCAGGCGCGCAGCUCUGCGCCCACAGCCAGCGUCUCCCUGGACUGGGCGGCGAGGACCAGGGAGGCGCUUUUUGCAAAACAGAAUGUUUUAAUUUCAUUGAAGUCUAGGUUAUCAAUUUUCUCAUUCUCACAUCAUGCUUCUGGUGUCACAUCUGAAACCUCAUUACCAGACUCAAAGUCGUCUAGUUUCUCUGUUGUCUUCUAGAAGUUUUAAACUAACUUUGCAUUUUACAUUUCGGUUUAUGGUCCAGUUUUAGUUUUAUGAAAGUUGUAAAGUCUGUGUCCAAUCAGUUUCUUCGCAUAUGAUGUCCAGGACUCAGUGGCUUUUCAGGAUGUGGCUGUGGACUUCACCCAGGCAGAGUGGGCUUUGUUGGAUCCUUCCCAGAAGAAUCUGUACAGAGAUGUGAUGCGGGAAACCUUCAGAAACCUGGCUUCUAUAGGAAACAAGUGGAAAAACCAGAACAUUGAAGACCAGUUUAAAACUCCUGGGAGAAAUUUAAGAAGUUAUGUGGUAGAGAGACUCUGUGAAAGUGAAGAAGGUGGUCAUUGUGGAGAAACCUUCACCCACACUUUAAGUCUUAAUCCGAGCACGAAAAUUCCUCCUGGAGUAAAACUGUGUAAAUGCAGUGUGUGUGGAAAAGUUUUCCUGUGUCAUUCAUCCCUUAAGAGGCACCUGAAAUCUCACUCCAGACACAAGUCACAUGAAUGUGAGGAUUAUGGAGAGAAGCCACAUAAAUGUGAACAGUGUGGGAAAUCCUUCCUGUCUCUCAGAAGUGUUGGAAAGCACGUGGCGUCCCACAGGAUUAAAGGCCCUUUUACUUGUGAGGCAUGUUUGAAAGUCUUUGAUUCCUCCAGUUCAUUUCAAACACAUCAGCAAACUCACACUGCAGCAAAACCCUCUGACAGCCAGCAGUGUGGGAAGACCUCUGUUUGUUCUAGUUCAUUUCAAACACCUGGCAGACUUCACACAGUAGAAAAAUCUUAUGAAUGCAAACAAUGUGGUAAAACUCUCAGUUCUUCCUGUUCCCUUCGAAGACAUGAAAGAAGUCAUAAUGGAGAAAAACCCUAUGAGUGUAAACAGUGUGGUAAGGCCUUCACACGUCACGGUUACUUUCGAGAACAUGAAAGAAUUCAUACUGAAGCAAAAACCUACGAAUGUAAACAGUGUGGUAAAGCUCUCAGUUCUUCCAAUUCCCUUCGAAUACAUGAAAGGACUCACACUGGAGAAAAACCCUAUGAGUGUCAACAGUGCGGUGAAGCUUUCAGAUGGCACAGCGACCUUCGAAAACACAUACGUUUUCAUAUUGAAGAAAAUCCCUUUGAAUGUAAAAAAUGUGGCAAAGCACUAAGUUCUCCCAAUUCUCUUCGAAUACAUGAGAGGACUCACACUGGAGAAAAACCCUAUGAGUGUAAACAGUGUGGAAAAGUCUUCCGAUUUCAAACUUCCCUGAUAAGGCAUGAAAGAGCUCAUGCUGGAGACAAAUCCUAUGAGUGUAUACAAUGUGGUAAAACUCUGAGUUGCUCCAAUUCUCUUCAGGUGCACGAAAGGAUUCAUAAUAAAGCACGACCCUAUCAGUGCAAACAGUGUGGCGAAGCCUUCAGAUUUCACGUUGCCCUCAAAGUGCACGAAAGAACUCAUGCUGGAUAUAAACCUUAUGACUGUCAACAAUGUGGGAAAGCCUUCAGGUGCCGCGGCUACCUUCGAAAACACGAAAGAAUCCACACUGAAGUAAAUCCCUACGAAUGUAAACAGUGUGGGAAAGUGCUCAGUUGUCCCAGUUCCCUACGAUAUCAUGAAAGGGCUCACACGGGAGAGAAGCCCUCUGUGUGUAAACAGUGUGGGAAGAGGCUCAGUUGUUCCAGUGCCCUCCAAAAACAUAAAAGAAUUCAUGCAGACAGAAAAACCCUAUGAAUGUCACCAGUGUGGUAAACCCUUCAGAUUUUCCAUUUGUCUUCAGAUGUGUGAAAGAACUCAUGGAGGGAAAUACUAUGAUUAUAAAAAAUUGUAGUGAAGGCUUCAGUUUUUUCAGAUCUUUUUCAACACAUGGAUAAGACUCACACUGGAGAAAAGCCCUACGAAUGUUUGAAAUUUGUUGAAGCCUUCAUUUGUUCCAGUUCCAUUUGAAGAUAACGAAAAAAAUGCAUUCAGCAGGAAAUCUCUGAAGGACUGUGGCUGUACCUUCAGAGGCCCAUAAAAAUGCACACUGAAGAUGGAUGUUGUACACCUCAGGGUGGGCGUAGGAUUGAGACACCAGUAGUUUGGAAAAUAAAGGAAAGCUUUUGAUUUUUAACAAUUGCUUUAAAAGUCAUGAGAGAACUCCCAUUGGAAAGAAAUCUUUAAAAUGUAGGUAAAAUUGAAACCCUGAUGCAAAUUAAUGAUUGCAUAAUAAUGUUCAAUUUUACCACAUGAACAAAAUUUACAUAAGUUUAUGAAUAUAAUAUGUUUGUCAGUGGCUCACACUUAAAAGUUCUCUGGUCUAUAAAUUUCCAUUUCUUUGUAAGGAAACAUUAAGAUGAGAAUUCUAUUGGUGUAGUUGUAUCGGUUAACAAAGGGAUAAAUUCAGAGAAAUGCCUUGUUAGGCAAUCUCGUUGUGUGAAGUUAUAGAGUGUAUUUAGACAAAUCUAGAUCGUAUAGUGUACUACCAACAAACUUAGGCUAAAUGCUGUUGCCUGUUUCUUUUGGGCUCCAACCUGUACAUUAAUGUAUUUAGUACUGUAGGCAACAGUAACUCAAUGAUAAGUAUUUGUAUAUCUAAACACACCAAAACAUAGAAAAGAUACAGUAAGGAUAUGGUAUAAAAGAUCAGGGUGGAUGGCCCACGAUUGUUGCAGCUUCAAGGUCAGCCUGGGCAGCUUCUUGAGGUCCUAUAUGAAAAUAAAAAAUAAAAAGGUUUGGGGGAUUAGCUCAGUGGUCCAGUGCCCCUGGGUUCAAUCUUCAGUACUGCAAAAAUAAAAUAAAAGAUAGACCUGUACAAGAUACUUCCUGUCACAGAACUUGCUGGUGUUCUGAUGGGAGUGCUUGGUGAGUCUGAGUGAUCGGUGACUGCACGUGAAGGCCCACGACAUUGCUGGACACUACUGUUGACUUUAUACACACCGACACUUCUAAAUUUAUAGACUCCUAAUUAUGCUGAAUUUAUAAAAAUCAUUUUAUCAUCAAGAAUAAAUUAACCUCGGUAACUUUGUCACUUUAUAAACUUAAUUUUUUUAAUCUUUUUCACUGUUUUGUAAUAAACACUUAGCUUAAAACACAAACAGGCCGCGCAUGGUGGGGUACACUUAUAAUCCCAGAAGCUCCGGAGGCUGAGACAGGAGGAUUGAGAAUUCAAAACCAGCCUCAGCAAAAGCGAGACCCUAAGCAACUCAGUGAGAUCCUGUCUCUAAAUAAAAAGUACAAAAUAGGGCUGGGGAUGUGGCUCAGUGGUCAAGUGCCCCAGAGUUCAAUCCCUGGUAACAUAAAUUUUUUUUUUUUUUUUAAAAACCAGAUCGUAUGAUUGAAUAAAGCAUUUUGUUUAUGACUAUUGUAUAAACAUUUAUUCAUUUUAUUAUUGUUUACUUUUUAAUGUAUUUUGUUAAGGACUAAGAUAUAAAGGCAUCAGCCUCGGCUCACACAGGUCCAGAAUCUCCAAGGUCACCUCAUCGGUCCCAGGGGACAUUCUUCAAGAACAGCAACACUUGGAGCUAUCAUUUCCUAUCAUGACUGCUUUCUGCUGGAACCCUUUUUGCUGUUGUCUGGUACUGGGGUGGAACCCAGGGCUGCUCUCCCACUGAGCUCCAUCCCCAGACCUUUUCAUUUUUCAUUUUGAGACAAGGAUCCUCUAAGUUGCCCAGGCUGACCUCAAACUUGUGAUCUCCUGUCUCAGCCUUCCAAGUCCAGCGGGUAACAGGCAUGUGCCACCAUGCUCCAAGGAAUCCCUUUUGCAGAAUGUGUCUGAAACUCUUCUUGAGGAGAAGUCACUCUUCAUAGAUUUGUACAUGGUGAUUUUCUUGGUCCUUUUUAUCAUAGACUUGCUUGUAAGCAGAUAAUGUACCAUGAACAUUCCUCUCUGUUGAUGAAAACUUUGUUAUUGGGGGUCCAUGGUUUUCGGCUUAAGGAGCUUGAAGUCUGCAGAAGUUUCUGCUAAACUGCUUACCACAAAUUUUCUUGGGUGUUCUUUUUUUCCUUCAGUUGUUCUGUCUCUUGUCUCUUCAGCUAUUCAUUUAUUAUGUGACAACCUUUUUUCUUUUGGUACUGGAUAUUGAAAUCAGGGGUGCUUUACUACU